UUCUAUUGAAAUUUAAAUUCUAUGUUCAAUGUUUCUUUAUCUUCAAAUUUCGUUAUCAGUGCAUCAAUCUAUUUUUCGGUGUGAUUUCUCAUGGAUAUUUUGAUGUUAGCAAGAAUACGCAGAUAACAAGCGACAUCUUCUGUUCCAUUUCAUUUUCCUUUACUUCUCACUUGUCAAAUAUUUUGUUUUAUUCUGAAAGAAAGAUGCAAUUUUUUAAAUAUAUUAUUUUCGUUAUCAUUCUUAAUCAAUUAGUCGUCGAUGUCCACAGCUUAUCAAUGCCAAUGUUUUUAAAAUGUUUAUUUUACACUUGCUGCGGUGAAACGGAUAUAUUCAAUUAUCAUGCGUUAUACAAAGAUUUCGAUAAUAAAAUUUUCGGGCAGCACUUGAUGGCAGAAUCUGUAGUUCAUUCAAUCAAAUCUCAUUGGCACAAUGAGCAUUCUCAGAAGCCGCUAGUUCUCUCAUUUCACGGCGGAACCGGCACUGGAAAGAAUUAUGUGACUGAAAUUAUUGUGAACAAUACUUAUCGAAGUGGAAUGCACAGCCCAUUUGUGAAUUAUUUCGUUGCAACAAAUAAUUUUCCGAAUAAAAAGUAUAUUGAGGAUUAUAAAUUGGAACUGAAAGAUCAACUUAUAAGAUCGGCCCGAAGAUGUCAGCGAUCUAUUUUUAUAUUUGAUGAGACGGAUAAGCUACAAAGUGAAUUGAUUCAAGUGAUCAAACCAUUUCUUGAUUAUUAUCCGGCGGUCUUUGGAGUGGACUUUCGGAAAACUAUCUUCAUUUUUCUAAGCAACAAAGGGAGCAAAGAAAUUGCUAAUAUCGCAUUAGAACAUCAUGAAAAUGGUAAAAUAAGAUCACAACUCGAGUUGAAGCAUUUUGAACGAACACUGAUGCUUUCUGCAUUCAAUGAAGAAGGUGGUCUUCGUAACACUGAUAUGAUCUCUAAUCAACUUAUUGAUCAUUUUAUACCAUUUCUUCCCUUAUCUAAGUUCUACGUUUCCCAGUGCAUUCAAGUACAUCUUCGAAAACGCGGAAGACAUGAUUUGGCAAAGGAUGGAGAAUUCAUGCAAAGAGUUCUUGAUUCUCUUGAAUUUUUCCCUGAAUCUAGCAAAAUAUUUUCCUCGUCAGGAUGUAAACGUGUGAAUGCAAAGACUGAUCUCGAAAUUUCCAAGAUGGGAUUCUCACUCAAUUCGAAGAAAGAGUUUAAUGAUGAGUUGUGAAAGUAUUUUCUCCUGUUUCAAGAUGUUGAUAAAUUUGUGUUCAAUAUU